UCUGACAGUUUAAAGACAAGUGGAAACAACACAGUGUGAAGAACAAGAGCCAACAAGCCCAUUUACAGCAGAUCAGCCAGUGACUGUGAGGAAAAGCUGAUGUUUGCUUUGGAUCGGAGCACAAUUCUUAUCUGUUGAUAGAAAGUGAAACUAUCAGACGUUCACUGUGACUGAGAGGUGAAAUGGCACAGCGAGGAUUUCAGCCGGACUCGGCAAAGUUUUGCUGUUCCAUCUGUCUGGAUCUGCUGAAGGAUCCGGUGACUAUUCCCUGUGGACACAGCUACUGCAUGAGCUGUAUUAAAGACUGCUGGGAUGGAGAGGAGCACAAGGAAAUCUACAGCUGCCCACAGUGCAGACAAACCUUCACACCAAGACCUGUCCUGGUGAAAAACACCAUGUUAGCAGAUAUAGUGGAGGACGUGAGAAAUGCAGGACUCCAAGCUGCUCCUCCUGAUCUCUGCCUUGCUGGACCUGGAGAUGUGGCCUGUGAUGUCUGCUGUGGGAGGAAGCUGAAAGCCCUCAAGUCCUGUCUGGUGUGUCUGGCCUCUUACUGUGAGCACCACCUCCAGCCUCACUAUCAAUCCCCCACCUUUGAAAAACACAAGCUGGUAAACCCAUUCAAGCAGCUUCAGCAGAACAUCUGCUCUAAUCAUGAUGAGGUGAUGAAGAUUUUCUGCCGUACUGAUCAGCAGUGUAUCUGUUAUCUCUGCUCCAUGGAUGAACAUACAGGCCACCACACAGUCUCAGCUGCAGCGGAAUGGAAAGAGAGGCAGAAAGAGCUCGGGGUGAGUCGGCAAAAAAUCCAGCAGAGAAUCCAGGACACAGAGAAAGACGUGAAGGUGCUCCAACAGGAGGUGGAGGAGAUCAAUCGCUCUGCUGAUAAAGCAGUGGAGGACAGUGAGGAGAUCUUCACUGAGCUGAUCACUUUGAUUGAGAAAAGAAGGUCUGAUGUGAAGCAGCAGAUCAGAUCUCAGCAGAAAGAGGAAGUGAGUCGGGCUGAAGAAGUUCAGGAGAAGCUGAAGCAGGAGAUCGCUGAGCUGAGGAGGAAAGACGCUGAGCUGGAGCAGCUCUCACACACAGAGGAUCACAUCCAUUUUCUGCAGAAUUACCCCUCACUCUCAUGUCUCAGUGAAUCUACAGACUCACCCAGCAACAACAUCCGUCCUCUGAGCUUCUUUGAGGAUGUGACUGCAGCUGUGUCAGAGCUGAGAGAGAAACUACAGGACCUUCUUAGUGAAGAAUGGUCCAAGAUCUCACUAACCGUGACUGGAGUGGAUGUUUUACUGUCACAACCAGAGCCCAAGACCAGAGCUGAAUUCUUACAAUAUUCAUGUCACAUCACACUGGAUCCAUACACAGCAAACACAUAUCUGUCAUUAUCUGAGGGGAACAGAAAAGCAACAGUAAUGACAGCAGAAAAGUCAUAUCCCAGUCACCCAGACAGAUUUAUUGAAUUGUGGCAGGUCCUGAGUAGAGAGAGUUUGACUGGACGUUGUUACUGGGAGGUGGAGUGGAAGGGGGCAGUUUAUAUAGCAGUCUCAUAUAAGGAUAUCAGCAGAACAGGGACUGAGAUUGCAUGUAGAUUUGGACACAAUGACAAAUCUUGGGCAUUGUAUUGUUAUAACAAGAACUAUGAAUUUCAACACAACAAUAUCAAAACUGAAAUCCCUCUCCCUGUGUCCUCCAGAGUGGGAGUGUACCUGGAUCACAGAGCAGGUAUUCUGUCCUUCUACAGCGUCUCUGAAACCAUGACUCUCCUCCACAGAGUCCAGACCACAUUCACUCAGCCUCUCUAUGCUGGACUUUGGCUUCGUGGUUGGGAUUUCACUGCUGAGCUGUGUGAACUCAAGUAG